AUGUCACAACCGGAGCCUCAGCGCCCGAGGCUCAAGAUCAGCAUCUCGAAUACUCGAAUCCCCACAGCGCGCAAGAUCGUCUUCAAAGGCCCACAGCCCGCGACGCCCAUAGAGACGCCUCGUUCGGCCAAGGUCGCUACACCAUCUGCCAAGACAAAGGCUGGACGGCAAACGAAACCUACGGCGAAGAAACGCGAGCAUGACGAGUUGGGUGGGGACGAUACAAUCACGAUAGAAACGCAACCGAAGCUCAAGAAGCGGGUGGUGAAACUCGUCGCGAGCAAGGGAGGGAGCAAGCCGGCACCCAACAUCGUCAUCCGCGCUCAGGGACGGCCACCCGUACGACCACCCGGAGAGGGCUACGACUCGGAAGCGAGCGAUCGAGAGGAUGACCCCACGGUGGAGGAGCAAAUCGUCUUGCGCAUGAUGCCGGGGAGCACUGCAGCUAUAUCCGGCAAGCCAUCGAAGAGAACAAAUUUGGCCCCCGACGAGAGGGUGGCGCCGAUCGACAUCUGCCAGAUGCUUCUCGUGUUCAAAUCAGUAUCCUCGGAGAGUGAGGCGAAAACGGUGCCCUUGCCCGCCGCCGUCGAGCCCGGGUUUAAGUGGCCUCACGGCUUGACGCCGCCCAUGCACGACUGCGUGCACCGACGCUUUGCCAAAAUCAUCAGCCGCAAGGAGAUUGAGGACAAGGAGGCCGAGGUGGAGCGGUUGCUGCGCCUCGACCGGGAGUCCCGCAACUCCAAGUGGGACCUCAUCGACGACCGGCAGGCCAAGACGCCGGGCGAGAUGAUUGAGUACGAAGAAGACGCAGAGGGCGAGGAGGAGGAGGUUGACUACUUCCAGCCCCAGCACGACGAAUUUGAUGCCACAGCGGCCGCGGAUCUCGAGGCCGACCUAGAAGCGGCCUUUGAAGAGGCAGGCUCGGCCAGCCCGGCCACACAGAUGGAGGGCGAGGAGUCGGCCGAGGACGACGACGAUGACGACGACGACGACCUGGACGAGGAAGAGCAGACGCGCAUGGACGAAGUCAAGGGCGUCCGCGCCAUCAUUGCCGAUCUUCAGACGCAGCUCAAGGAGAAGGAGGAGAGUCUCAAGUUACCGCACGUGGCCAACUCUGUCAUUCUUACGCGGCGUGUAGAGGCGACUAUUCGCGAUUUGAAGAGCGAGAUCCAGCUCAAGAUGUCUUCGAUUGGUAUAGAAGAAGAGGAGGAGGAAGAGGAAGAGGACUAG